GCGCGCCCGCCGCCCCUCCCUCCCUCUCCUCAGCCCGGCGGCGGCGGCGGCGGCGGCGGCGGCAGCAGUCGCCGGAGGAGCAUCAUGCCGAGGAGGAAGCAGCAGGCGCCCCGGCGCGCAGCAGCCUACGUUUCCGACGAGCUGAAGGCCGCCGCCCUGGUGGACGAGGACGCAGACGCCGAGGAGGGCGCCGCGGACGGGGAGCCGGCGGCCAAGUACGCAUGCGCCGAGACGGAGCUCGGCAGGACCUGCCCCAGCUGCCAGAACUCCCCGGCCGCCGAGCUUUCGGGCCACGACAUGGACAGCGAGUCGCACAUCAGCGAGACCAGUGACCGGAUGGCCGACUUCGAAAGUGGCUCCGUCAAGAACGAGGAGGAGGCCAAGGAGGCAGUGGUGCCGCCGGAGGACCCAGCCGCCUCGGACAGCCUGGAGCAGAUGAAGGCCGUGUACAACAGCUUCCUGUCCAGCUCAUACUGGUCCGGCCUGCAACUCGGCCCGCGCCAGGCGCCGUCGGGGGACGGCGGCAGCAGCAGCGGGAGCAGCAGCAGCGGGAGCUCGUCCGACUGGCACCGCAGCGCCGUGGCCCGCAGCCUGCAGCAGGCACCGCCCGGCCGCGCGCUGCCCGAGCCCGGCCUCUUCAGCACGGUGCAGCUGUACCGCCAGAGCAGCCGGCUGUACGGCUCCAUCUUCACCGGCGCCAGCAAGUUCCGCUGCAAGGACUGCAGCGCCGCCUACGACACGCUGGUGGAGCUCACGGUGCACAUGAACGAGACGGGGCACUACCGCGACGACAACCACGACGCCGACCACAAGAACCCGCGGCGCUGGUCCAAGCCACGCAAGCGCUCCCUGCUGGAAAUGGAGGGCAAGGAAGACGCCCAGAAGGUGCUCAAGUGCAUGUACUGCGGCCACUCGUUCGAGUCCCUCCAGGACCUGAGUGUCCACAUGAUUAAAACGAAACACUACCAAAAAGUGCCUCUGAAGGAGCCUGUCACCCCUGUCGCAGCCAAAAUCGUCCCUGCCACCCGGAAGAAGGCUUCGCUGGAGCUGGAGCUCCCCAGCUCCCCGGAUUCCGCAGGCGGAACCCCCAAGGCUGCGGUGUCAGACUCAAAUGAUGUGCUUCAGAAGAACUGCAACCCUUAUAUCACGCCAAAUAACCGGUACGGCCACCAGAACGGGGCCAGCUAUGCGUGGCACUUUGAGGCCCGGAAGUCCCAGAUCUUGAAGUGCAUGGAGUGCGGCAGCUCCCACGACACAUUGCAGGAGCUCACGGCCCACAUGAUGGUCACCGGCCACUUCAUCAAGGUCACGAAUUCAGCCAUGAAGAAGGGGAAGCCCAUCAUGGAGACACCUGUCACGCCCACCAUCACAACGCUGCUGGACGAGAAGGUGCAGUCAGUGCCCCUGGCUGCCACCACCUUCACGUCCCCCUCCAGUACGCCUGUGAGUGUGUCCCCAAAACUCAACGUGGAGGUCAAGAAGGAAGUUGACAGGGAGAAAGUGGCUACGGAUGAGAAACCUAAGGAGAAGGAGAAACCCUGUGAGGAAGAGGAAAAGUAUGACAUCUCUUCCAAGUACCACUAUUUGACUGAGAAUGACCUGGAAGAGAGUCCCAAGGGGGGACUAGAUAUCCUGAAAUCCCUAGAAAACACGGUGACGUCUGCAAUCAACAAGGCCCAGAACGGCACUCCCAGCUGGGGUGGCUACCCCAGCAUCCAUGCUGCCUAUCAGCUUCCCAACAUGAUGAAGUUAUCUCUGGGCUCAUCAGGAAAGAGCACACCCCUGAAACCUGUGUUUGGCAAUAGCGAGAUUGUGUCUCCCACAAAAAACCAGACCCUGAUUUCUCCACCCAGCAGCCAGACCUCACCCAUGCCCAAGACAAACUUUCAUGCCAUGGAGGAACUGGUGAAAAAAGUCACCGAGAAAGUUGCCAAAGUUGAAGAGAAAAUGAAGGAGCCAGAGGGCAAGCUUUCUCCGCCGAAGCGAGCCACUCCCUCCCCAUGCAGCAGUGAGGUCAGCGAGCCCAUCAAGAUGGAGGCAUCCAGCGAUGUGGGCUUCAAAAGCCAGGAGGACAGCCCCAGCCCCCAGCGGGAUGGGUGCAAGGAGGGCAGCCCCUCAGCAGAGCCCACGGAGAAUGGCAAGGAGCUGGUGAAGCCCAUGACCAGCAGCCUGAGCAGCACAGCCAUAAUCACAGACCACCCGCCUGAACAGCCUUUUGUGAACCCUUUGAGUGCCCUCCAGUCAGUCAUGAACAUUCACCUGGGCAAAGCUGCCAAGCCCUCCCUGCCCGCCCUUGACCCCAUGAGCAUGCUUUUCAAGAUGAGCAAUAGCCUGGCUGAGAAGGCAGCCGUGGCCACCCCUCCGCCCCUACAGUCCAAGAAGGUGGACCACCUCGACCGCUAUUUCUACCAUGUCAGCAACGACCAGCCCAUAGACUUGACGAAAGGAAAGAGUGACAAAGGCUGCUCUUUGGGUUCAGUGCUUUUGUCACCCACGUCCGCAUCCCCGGCAACCUCCUCACCCACAGUGACAACCGCAAAGACAUCUGCCGUCGUAUCAUUCAUGUCAAACUCGCCACUACGCGAGAAUGCCUUGUCAGAUAUAUCCGAUAUGCUGAAGAACUUGACAGAGAGCCACACAUCAAAGUCCUCCACUCCUUCCAGCAUCUCCGAGAAGUCUGACAUUGACGGGGCUACCCUGGAGGAGGCCGAGGAGGCGACUCCCGCUCAGAAGAGGAAGGGCCGCCAGUCAAACUGGAACCCCCAGCACCUGCUGAUCCUCCAGGCCCAGUUUGCCGCCAGCCUCCGCCAGACCUCUGAGGGGAAGUACAUCAUGUCAGACCUGAGCCCCCAGGAGCGCAUGCACAUCUCGAGGUUCACGGGGCUUUCCAUGACCACCAUCAGCCACUGGCUGGCCAACGUGAAGUAUCAGCUUCGAAGGACAGGUGGAACAAAGUUCCUCAAAAACUUGGACACAGGCCACCCCGUGUUCUUUUGUAAUGACUGUGCAUCUCAAAUCAGGACUCCUUCCACAUACAUCAGUCACCUAGAGUCACACCUGGGCUUCCGGCUACGGGACUUGUCCAAAUUGUCCACCGAACAGAUUAACAAUCAAAUAGCACAAACCAAGUCGCCAUCAGAAAAAUUGGUGACAUCCUCCCCAGAGGAGGAUCUGGGGACCUCCUACCAGUGCAAACUUUGCAAUCGGACCUUUGCGAGCAAGCAUGCAGUUAAACUUCACCUUAGCAAAACACAUGGGAAAUCCCCAGAAGACCACCUUCUGUAUGUUUCUGAGCUAGAGAAGCAGUAGCAUUUGCUUUUGAUAAAACUUACUGUAAUUUGCUUUGAGGGAAACUGUUGCAGGCACCUUAAGGCCCUUCUGUCUUGUUCUUGGCACAUGUUCCUAUUUUAACUGCAGAACAUCACUCUGGGCUGGACUGUUUUGUAUAACUGUACAGUGUUUAAUAGAGGUGCAUAAUCAGCUGUUGUUACUGGUAAACUAUGAAGGUUAAAACGCAGUGGUAAGUGUUUGGAACUUUGUGUAAAUGGGAUUUAGUUGUGAGCAUCCCCCCCGAUGCUUCAAGCUGCAUGCAUUAACAGACAGUUUAAUUAAGCAUCUAUAACGAAACCAGGCACACUUUUUCCACGAGACUCAAGUGUGCUGGCAUUUCUCACCCUUUCAUCUUUAGCCCUCUGAGUACUUUGAAGCACUUUUGCAUUAAUUUGGGUAAAAAAUAAAUAAAAUAAUAAUGUAUGAAGCUCUGUUUUUUAAACUCCUUACCAGCUUAGUUAUAAUUAAUAAUAUGAACCUCCAUUUAUGCAGGUCUGCAGGGGUAUAACACGCCUUGAAAUUUAAAAGAAUAUUAUUUUCACAUUGAAACAUAGAUGUAUAUAUUGUAUAGAUUUCAGACUCUCUUAUGAAAAAUGUGAUUGUGGUUAAAUGACCUUUUUUCCUGCAUUUAUAGCAACAGUGUUUUAUGUACCUGCUAUGCUCUGGGCAUAAGCCGUGCCUAUGUAUAGUGUAUAUUUCUUUUUCUUUUUUUUUUUAAGUCUAUGGGUUUUGUUUUUUACAUGCAAACAUUGUAAAUUAUACAGAAGAUACCACAGAUAGCAUUUAUAAAGUAUACAGAAACAUUAUCUGAAAGCAAAGUAUGAUUGUUUGUUUUGCUAUACAGUACAUCUAUAUUGAUAGAGGUUCAUGUUUAAAUUAUACAUAUUUAUUAGCAUCAUAUUAUCAUUUGUUUUGAGCAGUCUAAAUAAACAAGGCCUGGAAAUACAUCCAUGGCAAGCAUCAUAACUAUUUUGCACAUGAUUUUUAAAGGUAUUUAUUAGAAAUUAAAGAACACUCAAAAUAAACUCAGUGCUCAAAGGGUUAAGUCUAUUUGAAAAGGAAAAAAAGAAAAAAGGAACAGCAACAAAAAAAAGAACUUGUACUGUAUUUCCUAAACAUUGAUAAAGCCUUUAAAAUGUUUGUACUGUAAUACUUUGCUUAAAAGUCAUGAGGCAUUCUGUGAUACAACCUUUUUCACUUAUUUAUAAGCCCUCUUGGUUGCUAUUCCAUAUUGUUGGAUGCCUUUUUAUUUCAAUUGGUAACUUUCUGUUUUGUUCUUCCUAAUUAUUCUCCCAAGAUCCCACACUGCAGCUUUAUCUUUAGGCUUAUGAAAGGUAACCCGUGGUUACCGGCUCUCCAAGUGAUUCUGUUCUUCUCCAUUUUUGGCAGUUAAUUUGCAGAAGUAACUGACAGCUGACACCAUAUGAGAACCUAUGUAUAAAAUAUUGGCAUGUAAACAGCACAGACACUGUAACACACUCUGUGCCCUGUUUUGUUGUUCACAAUGAACCACCAUUAUGUGACUCUUCAUAUAACCCUUUUUUCUACGGCAGCAUUAAAAUUGUCUUUUUGCUAUAA